UAUAAAUUGUCUGAUUUUAGAUAGAUUUAUCUUUACUGUGGUGCGAGGACAUUGAACAGUAAAGCAGACAAGACAGAUUGGACGAGCUUUCUUCAAGAUGAAAACCAUUCUUGCGCUUCUGGUUGUGCUAGUUUCAUACCACAGAAGUUACGCUGGCACGUGCACCGAGUGCAAGACAACCUAUGAUGCUGCCACCAAGGAUUGCACUGUGAUUAAAACCUACAUAAAAUGUCUCUAUGACGCAAGUGGUGCUGGAUGUGACACAGUCAUCACUAUGAUGGGAACCGCGGAAACUGCUCGCAAAGCCGAAACCUCUUGUGAUUUGACCGACACCUGCACGUGCCAAGUCAAUUUUAAAAAAGCAGACGUUAAUUCCGACACACUGAAAUGCACGGCACGCAAGACAGAGCUGAAUUGCCUUUUGACGGCCAAUAACGCUGGAUGUGACAAAACAAAGACUAAGAUGGACAUCAUCACAGCUUCUGAAACUGCAGCCAAAGCUGUUACUGGAUGCACACUGUCGGACACGUGUCAGUGUCAGGUGACCACUGCCAAAAGUGACAUGUCUGAUGACCCCAAGAAAUGCACGGCACACACGGUAGAGCUGAAUUGUCUUUUGACGGCCAAAAACGCUGGGUGUGACGACACAAAGACUAAGAUUAACAUCAUCACAGCUUCUGAAACGGCAGCCAAAGCUGUUACUGGAUGCACACUGUCGGACACGUGUCAGUGUCAGGUGACCACUGCCAAAAGAGACAUGUCUGAUGACCCCAAGAAAUGCACGGCAUACAAAACAGAACUGAAUUGCCUUUGGAGCGCCAUGGGCACUGCGUGUGACAGUACAACGACUAAGAUUGACACCGUCAAGGCUUCUGAAAAAGCAGCCACUGGUGUUACUGGAUGCACGCUGUCGGAAACAUGUAAGUGUCAGGUGGCCACUGCCAAAGCUGACAUGACUACCGACACCAAGAAAUGCACAGCACGCAAUACAGAAUUGAAUUGCCUCUUGAAGACUACGGACGGUGGAUGCGACGAGACAAAGACUAGGAUGGACAUCGCCACAGCUUCGGAAACAGCAGCCACUGGAUGCAAUCACAGACGGCGAAACAUUGAACAUAUUGGCUACAUCACGCUGAAUUCUACCAAUUUGAAGCAUGUCGAUAGCCAUAAGGUGUUCUUCACAUCGAAAGUAAAUUUGACAUUAGCCUCCACCAUGUCAAGCAGUGGCUCGCUGCACAAGACGCCUAUUCGCUUCAGCGAUCGUUGCGCUACAAAUUCAAAAGAAACAGGCUCGUGGCGAGUGGAUUGA